CUGUCCUGGUGUAACUGUCAGAGCAUAAUGGUGGCAUUUAAAGGGAUCUGGACCAAGGACUUCUGGAGGGCUGUGUCUGGAGAAUACCUGGCCACUCUCAUCUUUGUCCUUCUAGGCUUGGGCUCCACCAUCAACUGGGCUGCGGGGCAGGAGAAGCCUCCUCCAGCUGACCUAGUCCUUAUCUCGCUGUGCUUUGGCCUCAGCAUUGCCACUAUGGUGCAAUGUUUUGGCCACAUCAGCGGCGGACACAUUAACCCCGCCGUCACUGCGGCUAUGGUUGUGACUAGAAAGCUGAGCUUGGCGAAGGCUGUGUUCUACGUGGUGGCUCAGUGCCUGGGAGCUAUUACUGGAGCUGGGAUCCUCUACAUAGUCACACCUGCUGCUGUUCGAGGCUCUCUCGGCGUGACCACGGUGAACUCUGACAUCUCGUUGGGACACGGCCUCCUCGUGGAGCUCCUCAUCACGUUCGAGCUGGUCUUCACCGUCUUCGCCACCUGUGACCCCAAACGCACGGACCUGGGUGGCUCUGCAGGCCUGGCCAUCGGCUUUGCUGUCGCUAUAGGUCACCUAUUCGCAAUUCCCUACACAGGCGCCAGCAUGAACCCUGCUCGCUCCUUUGGUCCCGCGAUGGUCACGCUUAACUUCGAGAGCCACUGGGUGUACUGGGUGGGACCCAUUCUGGGGGGCAUCCUGGCCGCCGGCUUGUACGAGUACCUGUACUGCCCCGACCCCGAGGUGAAGGAGAGGCUGAAGCACGUCUUUAAGAAGGACACGUCGGGGAAAUACAGGGAGGUGGAGAGUGACGACGUCGCCGUCAAGCCGGGCUCCAUCCACACCAUCGAUCUGGAGAAACAGGAGAAAAAAGACCCUUUCCACGACUCCAUGGGAGAAGUGCUGUCCUCUGUAUGACUAUCACGUGCACUGGAGAUGGAGACCAAUUUGUAGAGCGGGAUGGCAAUCAAAAACUUUCUAGUGUUCAUCUGGAAGCUCCCCUCCCCCCCCUUUGUCCUCGGAGCAGAAUAUGAUUUCUGUCCACGACACAACGUUGUCGUAUUAAUUUCCUUGUCGUAACACGGCUCAAUCUCUCAAACAUCUGCAGCCUGCUCGAUACUCCUCCUGAGGGGCAACUCCCUCAACGAUCCUGCAGCCUGGUGGGCGCACACCGCGGACUGACAGCCCGCAAUACGUUGUGUUAGGGAAAUAUGUGUGGGGUCAACCAAUUACGUGGGGUCAUCACGCUGAAUUGGAGAAGUGAAGUAGAAAAUGCACCCUUGUUAUUUUUGGAUUAGUGUCACAUUUGGUCCGUGUAUCGUAUAUGUAAUAAAAGGGGAGAUUUUCCUUGUGAUCAUUAAGCACAUUACAGAUCACAAGCAAUUGAAGACAGCUCUGACAACCUUUAUUAUCACAGUCGCGUUGCCGGGCUCUCUGUUUUCAGUGCGCUCGUCGGGGAAACAGCUGGUUCAUUUACAUUUAUUUUUGUAGAAACUCUAUCUCCACUGUUUUGGGUGUUUAUAAUGUCUGUUACUGUGUGAUUUUUCUAUUUCAUAAAAACACUUAGCUGGUUUUAUUUUAUCGCUCUAGAGUCUUGUAGCACAUCUUAUCUAUGAUUUCCUGUUUAUCAGACUUCAGCGUUUAAUUUAUUGGUAGGAUGUUUGACUUACCUGUGUCAAAUUCUGCAGUGAUCAUACACCGCAAGUGCAACAAGAUGUACAAGAUAUUGUAAUAAUAAACAUUUUUCUAAUUAUUCU